CUUUUGCAGAUUCCCCUCUCUUCUUCCCUCUAUCCCCCUCCCUCUUCUCGAUUUGCUCCCUUUCUCUUACCCUUAGUGGCUCUCUCUUGAUAUACAUUAACCCAUCCCUUGCCAUUUAUUUUUGUGCUACACCCCAUCAUGGCUCAAAUCCGCGGCACCGCGGGCUACAACCUCGGGCACCAGAAUCCAUUCGGCAGACCCGGCGGCAUCGACGCUACCAGCGACCCGAGUCCUUUGGAUGCAAUCCGGGAGCAGACGAGUAAAAUCGAGGAUUGGCUUGAGACUAUUGCAGAUCCCAUUAAACCACAUCUACCCAGAAUUGGUCGCUUCUUGAUCGUGGUUACAUUUAUUGAGGAUAGUAUACGCAUCGUCACUCAAUGGAGCGAUCAGCUUCUGUACCUUCGCGACUGGCAAAAAAUACCAUGGGGAAUCGCACACAUCUUUCUGAUCGCCAACGUCCUCGCUAUGUCCACAUGUUCAUUCCUGGUCAUCGUCCGCAAACACACUGAGUAUGCUGUUGCCGGUCUCCUCGGAGUCGUUGUCACCCAGGCCAUCGGUUACGGUCUCAUCUUCGAUCUGAAUUUCUUCCUACGCAACCUGAGCGUCGUCGGUGGGCUUCUCAUGGUCAUUUCAGACUCGUGGGUUCGCAAGAGGUUCGUGCCCGCCGGACUACCCCAGAUUGACGAGAGGGAUCGCAAGAUGUACGUUCAGCUUGCGGGCCGAGUACUACUGAUCUUCUUGUUCGUCGGGUUCGUCUUUUCGGGCCAGUGGAGUUUCUGGCGGGUGCUGGUUAGUCUGUUCGGGCUCGUGGCGUGCGUUAUGGUUGUUGUAGGAUUCAAGGCGAAAUGGAGCGCUAUUCUCUUGGUUGUUCUGCUGAGCAUUUUCAAUGUGCUUGUGAACAAUUUCUGGACGCUUCACCCUCAUCAUCCUCACAAGGACUUUGCCAAGUACGAUUUCUUCCAGGUUUUGUCGAUUGUUGGAGGCUUGCUUCUUUUGAUCAACAUGGGUCCCGGCCAACUAAGCGUGGAUGAGAAGAAGAAAGUGUACUAGGUGAGAAAAAGGAAAAAUAAAAAAGAAGAAAAAGAAACAUGAAAAUGCUGGUGUUAACCCUAUCUAUCUCCUUCCCCCCAACUUCCGCGGCAGCCUCCAAGCCCUUUGUUAUUCCCAUUCCGGUCCUCGCAGCUACGGUUUCAUCAUCUGGAUUUGGGCGUUUACCUUUUGUUACUUAUGCAGUUGAAUAGAAACGAACAACAGUCCUCUAUUAAGCGACUGGCCAUCGUAAACAAAUUAAAUACAUUGAGACUACGGACUCAGCUUCGUCCACUCUCC